AUGGCACCAAAAAACAACAAAGGCAAAGCGAAGGAGCCAGAGAAGGCCGGCGCAGCGAAAGUGAAAGGAGGUUCGUACAGAGCAAUUUUCCCUAUUCAGCAUGCUGACCUCCAUUAUCACACAGCUCAGAGUAUCAAUGUCCGCCACAUUCUAUGUGAAAAGCACGCAAAGAAGGAGGAGGCACUUGCCAAGUUGAAUGCUGGCGUGAAGUUCGAUGAAGUUGCCAGAGAAUUCUCUGAAGACAAGGCUCGUCAAGGUCAGUCGUUCAAUGCCACGGUUCAUGUGAGAGGUUUUCUGACGACAUUCGUCACAGGUGGUUCACUAGGCUGGAAGACCAGAGGAGGUCUCAUGCCCGAAUUUGAGAAUGUUGCUUUCGAAUUGCCGGCCAGCACCACCAACAGCCCCAAAUGGGGUGAAGCCAAGACUAGUGAAGGCUACCACAUUAUCAUGGUUGAAGGUAGAAAGUAG